AUGGGUGGCAUCGAGCCCGUCAUUCACGUUCAUGCCCGCGAUGCUUUGGGCAACUCGGUAGGCGUCGUUGUGGUGCCGAUCGGUGAACUGGUCGCACUGGAGGUAUGGGACGUCUGGUAUGCCAUGGAUGAUGGCAGCGACGAGAUGGAUGAGAAGCCUGCAGAGGAGACGCCAAAGAUGCAUCUGCUGCUGCAGAGCGUACCUGCGGAGGCGGCGAGUCAAGAAACCAAGCAAAGCCGAGACAUGAGGGCACAGGAUUUUCUCCUCAGAGCUCUCCAGCAGCUGAAUGCGGCUCUGGAAGCGAAGGUUCAGGAGCAGGCCCCAGGCAAUUCGACGUCAGGCCACUCCACAAGCGCCCCGAGUGCAGGCGGCGCUUCCCGGCCCUCGACAGCGCCCCGCCCUCGCUCCGGCGCCGCCCCGCCGCGCUCCGGCGGAGAGCGCUCCGGCGAGCUGCGGCCGCUGCGCGCGAGCGGAUCGCUCGGCCCGCGGAGGCCACCAGGUGCUGGAAAUCAAACGCCGCAACAGGCUCGAGCACAGGAUGCCACGCCUGUUCCAGAGCCAAGCAACGGUACGGCGGAGGAAAAAGAGGAGAGGCAGCGCGCCCAGGAGGAGGCUUUCAAGCUGCGGCUCGAGCCCUACGAGCGGGCGAUUUCCGCCAUGGAGCAAAAACAGAGGCUCUAUGAUGACCAGGAGGCCCGCAUCCAGGCUCUCUCGAAGGCACUGGAGGAGCGGAGCAGUCCCACUGCACGGGAUACGAUCCAUUCGAUGAUUCCUUUGGAGUCUGAGGAGCAGCAAGGGCGGUCUGGGCACCUCGUGGCGCAGCUCCGUGAGGAGGCCGAUCGCGCUAAGGCAGAGGCCGAGCAGGAGCGGGAGUCGCUGCGUGAGGCCGACGCCGCAACAUCUUCGGCUCUAAGUCACCGCAUCGAGGACGCGGCAGCCUCUUUCGGUACUUGUGCUACUGCUGCCGAUCGAACCAUCCUGGGCCGCAUUGCCAAGUCCAUCACGAUCAUAUUCAGAUGUGUGCACACCGGACGGACCUCCGCGCAGCAGCGAGCUGCAGAAUUGGAACAGGCAAGCCAAAAGAGCUUGGCGGCACAGGCCGUAGAAGAGGAGGCACAAAAAGCUCUGGCGGAUGUGGAGGCCUUGAGGAAGCAGAGGCAAAGGCUGCAGGAACAGCUGCAGGAUCUUGGCCGCGAGCUUUCUGAGACGCGAGAGGAGAAUUGGCAGCUGAAGGAGGACCGCGGCCAUGAAGUCGAGAAGGCACGUUCUAUCUGCGAACGUGAAAUCCUCGCCAAGGAGAGCAUGCAGCUUGAAGUGCUUCAGCUGCAAGACCAGCUGCGCGAUAAGGAGGCGGAGGCGCGCUUGGCGCUGGAGCGCGCCGAGGGUUCCCAGCGCCGUGUGGAGACCCUGGAAGCGGAGGUGACUUCGCUUCAAUCUCUGCUGGCGCGGGAAAGGCAGCACCGAGCAGAGCUCGACCAGAAGCUCAACGAGACGGAGAUGCAGAAGCUCCAUUCUACGCUGGAUGAGCAUCGUGUCCUGGUCCGGGGUCUCAGGCUCGACCUGGAUAAGGCUCGACGCGAGCUCAGCGACGAGCGAGGCCGGGUCUUUGGGAGCGGAGGGUCAGAGCACUCGGCUUCUCCCAGAUUCGUCCGGAUCGCCUUCGGUCGGCGCGGGCAGCGUCGUGCCCUGGCGGGAUACAAGGCAGAGGUGGCCCCCGCCGUGACAGAGGUGACGAACACCCAUGCAGUCAAAGCGCAGAAGACGCGAGUCUCGGAGGAGUUCAAAGAGCUGGAGAAGAGCGACCCCCUGCUCAAGGAGAACCCUCGCCGCUGGGUCAUGUUCCCUCUGCAGCACCCAGAAGUCUGGGAGAUGUACAAGAAGCACGAGGCUUCUUUCUGGACGGCGGAGGAGAUCGACCUGGCGCAGGACAACAAGGACUGGAUGACCAUGAACGAAGGCGAGCAGCACUUCGUGAAGCACGUCUUGGCCUUCUUUGCUGCGUCUGACGGAAUCGUGCUCGAGAACCUCGCCGCGCAGUUCUCCACGGAGGUGCAGAUUCCUGAGGCCAGGGCAUUCUACGGCUUCCAGAUCGCCAUGGAGAACAUCCAUUCCGAGACGUACUCGCUCCUGAUUGAGCAGUACAUCAAGGACCCUGCGGAGAAAGACAGCCUUUUCGAUGCCAUCCACACCAUGCCGGCCGUUCAGCAGAAGGCUCUGUGGGCUGUGCAGUGGAUGAACCGUGAGAGCAGCUUCACCGAGCGAUUGGUGGCUUUUGCUGCUGUAGAGGGCAUCCUCUUCAGCGGCUCCUUCUGUGCCCUCUUCUGGCUGAAGAAGCGCGGCCUGAUGCCUGGCCUAACCUUCUCCAACGAGCUCAUCUCCCGCGACGAGGGCCUGCACGCGGACUUUGCGUGCCUGCUCUACGGCAUGCUGGAGCACAAGCUUCCAGAAGAUGUCGUUCACGAGAUGAUCCGCGGCGCGGUGGAGGUGGAGCGGGAGUUCAUCUGCGGGGCCCUGUCCUGCGAUUUGAUCGGCAUGAACAAAGACCUGAUGACCCAGUACAUCGAGUUCGUGGCAGACCGCUUGUUGACGGCACUGGGACACAGCAAGAUCUUCAACUCGUCCAACCCCUUCGACUGGAUGGAGAUGAUCUCCCUGCAGGGCAAGACCAACUUCUUCGAGAAGCGCGUGGGAGAGUACCAGAAGGCGGGGGUCAUGGCGGGGCAGUCUGAUCCUCUGACAGCCUUCGCGCUGGACAAAGUAGUUCUGCGGAGUGACCUUUGCAAGAUUUGCAGGCAGCGGUCCAAGCUGGAUGCUGGCCGGUCGAACGCCAUGGAGACGGAGAUGGCGGCUGCAAAGAAGGAGGGCACCCUGCGCAUGGAGCUCGUCCGUGGCCAGCGGCAGCUGGAAGAGCUCCAGCUGGGAACUCAAAGAGCAGAAACCUUCUGCGAUGCGUCGGGUCCUGGGUCCAGGAGCCAGUCCUUCGCGCAGGAGGAACUCCGCGAGGAGCUCCGAUCUCUCGGAGAGCGAAACGAAGCUUUGAGGGAGCAGCUGCGGACUCUGCACCAGGAGAUUCGCCGGCUUUGGGCCCUUGGGCGAGUGUCGUCGCAUUCUCGGCACGAGACCCGGAAGGUCUCGGAGCGCGUGGACCGCGAGGUCGCGGACCACAUCGAGGUGCAGCGCCACGACGUUGAGGCCAACAAGGCGAAGCUCGGGGACUCGUCCGAGAUCCGUCGCCAGUUGGCCCAAGCCUCGAGCCGUUCCCAGGCACCGCGCACCGCAAGGGCGGCCUUGUGCGUGAGAUGUUGGAUGCCCGCAGGAGCUCCAGACGCUGAAGGCGAGUCGCAAGACCAGAGCGAGCGGGCCCUGGAGGCAUCCAAGAAGAGCAGCCACCGCACGGAGGACUUGGCACGGCAGCUGCAUCAGCUUCAGGAGGACCUGGGGGCCUCGCUCCGCGAGCGCAACCAGCUCCACGAGGCGGUGGAGCAGCUCACGGUGCAGUUCCGCGCGCGGGGCCCAGAGCUGAAGCCGCCGGAGGACGUCUUCCGCCAAUCGCAGCGCCACCUGGAGCUCGAGGGUCUCAUCGAGGACCGGAACAACGAGAUCAAGCUGCUGAUGUACAGGCUGCAGGAGGAUGCACGGCACGAAGGAAACGACAUCCAGAAUUGUCAACGAAGCCAUCAACGGGAUCAACGUGGAAUGGAAAAGGAGAAAGGUGCCAUUGAACUCAACGGGAUUGGGAGGCACCAUGAGGCACCUGCGCCUGACGGGGAGACUCUGACGGGUAGCCUCCUCACGUACGGAGCUUUGGGCCUUCCGUCCUCCCAUAAGCGCGGCUCUCUGCCCCUCGCAGAACAUGCAGAUUUUCAGGGGCCUUUCGUCGCCUCCUCGCGGAGGCAAUUCUUGAGAUUGGUGCCUUCUCCCAUUCACCAUGUUCGGGAUUCGCCCGACCGGCCGGCAGUUCCUUUCUUCCGCUUGGCACAGGGGCUCUACCUCUUUGGCCGGCGCCAGGUUGUCUGCAAGAUUUCCAACGACAAGCCGGUGUUUCGCAUCGGUGGAGGCUUCGUAGGAUUUGAGAAGUUCCUCGAGCAGUUUGCCGCGGAGCUCGAGAGACUUCUGACCUACGAGUUGGCGAAGAUCUUAGCAGCGAGUGGAGUCAGCCCUUCCCUUCUGCGGAGCGGGGCACCGCGGCACAUUCGUAAGGAUGAGAAGACAGGCGAGCCCAAGUUCCUGGUGGCGAAACAGCUCCUCGAGGAGUCCGGCGUGGUGGAGGCGAGAGAGAAGACGGAGAUCCGGCAGAAGGUCACGGAGGAUGUGCAGCGCGGCAAGACAGGCGCGAUGAACAAAUUCGUCAGCUCUGCCAGCUUGAUCCAUCAACGUCUGCAAAUCUUGCUUGACUAG